CAUAGAGGGAACGACAGAAAUCUGCUGGAACAGCGUAAACAACGCCGCUGCACGUGCCGCAUAUCAUUGAUAUUCAUAUAAUUUUGUUUGUGUUGCAACAUGGCUAGUCGAAUUGAGCUGCUUAGUGAGCAGGGCUUGCGCCUGGAUGGUCGCCGGCCGCACGAACUGCGCCACAUUAAGUGCAAAUUGGGCGUCUUUGAACAACCCGAUGGCAGCGCUUACAUGGAACAGGGCAAUACAAAAGUGCUGGCUGCCGUGUACGGACCACAUCAAGCGAAGGGCAAAAAGACAGAGGGCAAUGAUCUGAUUAUCAACUGUCAAUAUAGUCAGGCGACGUUCUCAACAUCAGAACGCAAAAAUCGACCACGAGGCGAUCGCAAAUCGCAGGAAUUCAAAAUGUACCUGCAACAGGCUUUAAGUGCAGCAAUCAAAUCCGAGCUGUAUCCACGCUCCCAGAUCGACAUCUAUGUGGAGGUGCUGCAGGCGGAUGGCGCCAACUAUGCUGUAUCCCUAAAUGCCGCUACCCUGGCACUCAUUGAUGCGGGCAUAUGCCUAAACGAGUUCGUUGUUGCAUGCACCGCAUCUUUGAGCAAAUCAAACAUUCCGCUAACGGAUAUAUCACACAUAGAGGAGGUUUCUGGCGGUCCAAAACUGACCAUUGCGGCACUACCCACAGCCGAGAAGAUUGCAUUCAUGGAGAUGAGCGAACGCUUUCACAUUGAUCAACUAGAGACGGUCAUAGAGACCGCAAUGGCCGGAUGCCGAGAGAUUCGCGACAUACUGGAGUCGGCAGUCAAGGAGCACCUUAUACACAUUGGCAGUGCAGCAGACUGGGCACGUGUUUGUUAAAAUAAAGCAUUUUUAUUAACUUUA